AUGGGUCGCACCGUGGACCAGGAGGUGCACGCGGCGUUCGUCGAGUUUCGUGCCAAGGAAGAUGACAAGUGUCUCUCCGUCCAGUGUAUCUACUGCCAGCAGAUCCGCGCAAAGAAUACCUCGCGCCAGAAGCAACACCUGCUCGAAUGUCCCGGUCUACGGGGUCAUCCGAACGCGCCGCAACCCACCCAGCCCACUCAGCACACCCCAAACGGCAUCGCGACCAAUGGAUACCCCGGCACCCCGAAUGGUCCGACGGCCGCCGCAGCUGGUCCUGCGGGCCCGAUCCCGACCCCGACCAGCGCCAUGAUGGCUAACGGUGUCGGCGUCAACGCUGUGAAUGGUGUUAACCCCCAUGCUACCCCCAUGCAGACUCCGCUGCAAACACUGCAGAACCGCGCCGCCAUGCCCACCCCUGGUCCCCCGACGGCGCCCCCGGGCUCUGCGACGGGCUCACAGCCCUCGCGCCCGACACCCAAGCCCAAGCCCAAGGUGUCGACGUCGAGUCUGCCCGCGCCGCCGCUGGACGACGUGCACGCGGCCUUUGUGGAAUUCCGCGCCAAGGAGGAAGACAAGGUACGCUCCUUCCCUAUCCCAUCUGGAACCAUCCCCCAUCCUGACUCCCCGGAACAGUGUCUGUCCGUGCAAUGCAUCUACUGCCAGCAAGUCCGCGCCAAAAAUACUAGCCGCCAGCGCCAGCACCUGUUGGAAUGUCCCACCUAUCUCAGUGUAAUGAAGGAUUCAAUCCCCGCCAAUAACCUGCUGCACACUUUCCCCGAGGGUGACGUGGCGCGAUCGCUGCAGAUCCCAGCGCCCACGCUGGAGCUAGACUUCCGCAUGAGUAUCAAACUGAAUCCCAAGGUGGCUGUCGGCCAAAGUAUCUGGGGCCAAAGAGAUUGGGUUUCGUUUGUGGGCGGCCAGUGGGCUGGCCGAUGGGGCAAGGGUAUUGUUCUGCCUGGCGGCCAAGAUACCCAGAUUAUCACCAAAGACGCAACCACCAAUCUUCGUGCUAGCUACAUGCUCCAGACCGCAGAUGAGCCGCCGGCCUUCAUCAUUGUUCGAACAGAAGGCUGGUUGACGGGCGCCAAGGACAUCCUGGAGAAGGUCAAUGACGCCAACAUGGCCGACAGCGUCAACCCCGGCAGCUACAAGUACCGCGUCAACCUGUCCAUGGAGACCGGCGAUGAACGGUAUACGUUCUUGAACACCCUGAUGUGGGUUGGCAGCGGCUGCCGAAGAGGCCACGAGGUUAUCUUCGACUCGUUCCGAAUCAACUAG